GUUCUUUUAAAAUGAUACAGUUUAGUUUAGAAAACAAUAAGUUUAUAAUUGCUAAUUAGUUUAUUUAUAAUUUGCAAACAACAGAACGAAAUGGACGAGUUGCUAAAAUUAAAACUCGGCGAAAUCAAGCCUGACGAUAUAAAAAAUUUGCUAAAAUGCCCGAUCAAAAGGCAAAUGAUCCUCGAAAUAGUGACUACCGAGAAAUCCAAAAUAGAGGCGUACGAACAAGAAUUAGAACAGCGCAAGAACUCGCCCGCUACGCCAACACGAAAGAAACCCAAAACGUUCGAAAGCCCCAUAGCUCUACUAAGAAGAAGGAUGUUGGAAAAACGAAACCAAUCCAAAGACGAAGGUGAAGAAUCCGACAGCAGAAACCCCCCGAGCGAGUCCAGCGUUUCCCCCGUUCCAUCUCCGGUAAAUUUCUGUAAAAUCUUAGAAGGCGUCAUAGCAUUCGUAGAAGUGAAAACGGGCGAAAACGAUAGAUCUAAAGGCAUCAAAUUCGUGCUGGAAAGCAUGGGAGCCACCAUUCGAGAUCGAUUCCUAAAAGACGUAACCCACGUUAUUUACAAGGAGGGAUCGGUUUCUACCUACCAAAAAGCGAAAUUUAUCGGCGCCAAGUUAGUCUCCGUGCUGUGGGUAGAGGCCUGCAAAGUGAACGGAAGAAAGGCCUCGGAAAACGAUUACCCAGCCAUCCGCCCUAUCGGCCUCGUCGCUUACGAUCCGCAGCAAUCGAUCUUGUGUUCGCAAUAUCAAAAGGAUUACGAAGAAGUCGUACGGGACGAGUUCGAUAAAAGCGUGGCUGCGCAGCAAUUGAACGAAGGCACUAGCGAGUUUUGCGGUGUUAGAAAGGUCGAUUUCGAAACCGAACCUUUGAUUAACGGUUGCAGUUUUAGUGAGCGAAAUCGAAGUGUUGACAUGGAUUUAACGUUAAUCGAUAAAUCCGGGAGUAAAGACGGGAGUUUGGGUGUUUGUAAAGAAACGCCAGAUUCCUUUCUUAGUUCCGUGUACUCUAGAAAAGCUGAUUUAUCUGUAGGUGAUGUAGAUGAAACAGUGUUAACAUCUAAUAUAUCGGUUAAUAAUAGAAGAACGCGUUCGAUGUCUAAUAAGAAAUGCAAAAGUCUUCAAAAAUCGUCUGAUGGUAGCAAAUUUUCCGUCAGUUCUAACAAUUUGAUUGAUUCUAAUGUAGUUAAUACCAUCAUAGAAGGAUUAGAUGAUAACGAAACUUGCACAGAAGGCGCUAGAAAAGAAAGCAAGGGUAAAAAAGAUUCUGGUAAUGUAGAAACACCUUUGAAUAAUCGUUCGUUUUCUAAAGUUACCACAAGGAAAAAGAAACGGAAUAGUUCGCUUGUCGAUGUACAAACACAAGAAAAUACUAGCAGUACUAAGGAUGGUAGUUCAAAUGCUCAAUCGGUAGAAAAAUCAUUAAAUCCUAACGAUUCGAAAGAACCUCGACGGAUCACUCUACGAGCCAGAAGACAGCCGAUUACACCUACCGAUGAACCGACCAAGCCUGUGCUUGGCGAGAAAUUACCAAUAAACAAGAAAACGAAGACAAAGCGGAAACUUUUCGAUCCCGAAUUCGAUUCGUACCAAGCGCGCGACAACGACGACGAUUUAGAACGGUCGAAAAAUCGAAAAAAACGCAAACUACAAACCGACCAGGCUUACCAACUAAACCCAUCGAUUCUUCUAUCGUCGAACUUGAAAACCAAGCUACUGGGCAAAGAAAACAGCAAGCAGAACCGAACCAGACAAAGCGCGUCGGAUUUCCAACCGGCCUCUUCCCAACGCGCCGCAGCCAAACGAAAACUAAAAGUCUACGCCAACAACCCCACCAUAGUCUACACGAAAAUGGACUCGGCCAACAUCGAUCUGUUCGAGCAGGUGGUCAGGAAGCUGGGCCGCUUCGCCGUCGAGGACGAGGUCUCGUCGAGGACCACGCAUCUGGUGGUGGGCGAGCCCAAGCGCACCAUCAACAUGCUGCGGGCCAUCACCAUGGGCUGCUGGGUGCUGCGCAAGGAGUGGCUGCUGCGCUCGCUGGAAGCGGGCCGGUGGGUCGAAGAGGAGGACUACGAAGUGGUCGAGUUCUCGCCGGCCGUGCAGGCCUGCAGGCUGAUGCGCCAGGCCUUCGGGCCAUUCUCCGUGAUGGACAUAUUCGAGGAUUGCGGUCCUAUUUACGUGUAUUUGGGUAGCAUUCCUCGGUGCUCGGAUUUGAGGGAGUUGGUCGUCGCGUGCAAAGGGAAGAUCACUAAAGUGUUGAGUAGGGCUGCUGUUGUGGUGGGGCAGGUAACCGAUCAGUCGAGGGCCGUUUGCGUUUCGGAAAAGUGGAUUUUGGAUAGCAUAACGGCGAAUAAAAUGUUGCCUUUGAAGGAUUAUUUAUUGCAAAAGUAGUAUUUACUUUGCACUUUGCAUUAUUAAUAUAAUUUUUUUUACUGUUGUAUUGAGUUAUUGUAGAUUUUUGUAUUUAUUUUAUCUAUUAAAACCUAUUGUAUGGAAGU